AUGAGGUGGACCACGAUAACUACAGUAGCCACUAUCCUCGGCAGUGUUAAUGCCGUCAGUUUCCCUAGGUCAAAGACUGGUAAAGGGUAUUUAUCGAUGCAUAUCGGCACCUCCGACCGGAGAUCAAAGAGCACAAACCACAAGCGACAAGACGCAGACGAGGCUAUCGCAGUUCGACUCGAGAACAGGGACUUUUUCUAUACAACAGACCUCGAGAUCGGCACUCCUCCUCAAAAAGUAACUGUACUACUCGACACCGGCUCCAACGAACUAUGGGUCAAUCCUGACUGCGAAGAAGCGCAAAGCUCUCUUCAGUAUAAUCAGUGUCUUGACUUUGGCCAAUAUGACCCCGAUCGCUCAAAAACUCCUCCCAUCGGUCCACUAGGUUCUGAGACAUUAAAUUAUGGUGAUGCAUCGGAUUCAACGACCCAUACUUCAGCAACAAUCAGGUACUGGGUCGAAACGAUGUCUUUUGGAAGUGACAAGCUCAAAAAUCAGACGUUUGGGAUCUUGGAAAAGUCGGAAGGCAUCUCUCAAGGAAUUCUGGGCCUUGCGCCUGAUUUACGAGGUGGCUAUGACAGCAAUGAGCCUUACAGUUUGUUGCUCACUUCGAUGGCCGACCAGGGUCUUAUCAACAGUCGCGUAUUUGCGCUUGAUCUGCGACAUUCCGACGAUACCGAAGGCGCUCUUAUCUAUGGCGGUAUUGACCGAAGCAAGUACAUCGGCGAGCUGGAAACUGUCGACAUUAUCCGAGGUGAAGGCGGCGAGUACCGUCUGGCUACAAACUUGGACAGUCUUGGGGUGACAAUCGAUGGCAGAACUUCCAACAUUCGCGUGCCAAGAUCUGACUCCAAUGUCAUGCUCGACUCUGGAACAACACUAUCCCGCAUGCACAUGUCUGUUGCCCGACCUAUUCUGGAGGAACUGGGUGCUCAGAACGAUGGCGAGGGCUUUUACAUGACCGACUGCGAAAACCGGAAGCUCGAUGCCACCGUUGACUUUGGUUUCGGCAACAAGGUCAUCAAGGUUGCUCUCAGUGACUUUAUCCUUGAGCUAGGCCCUGGAUCAUGCUACAUUGGUCUCGUCCCUACAACCGACCAACAGAUUCUAGGAGACUCUGUUCUACGCGCUGGAUACUUUGUUUUUGAUUGGGAUAAUGAGAAGAUUCACCUUGCUCAGGCCGCCGAUUGCGGAGAUGAGGAUAUUGUUGCUGUUGGUUCCGGCUCUGACGCUGUACCUAGUGAGACGGGCAAGUGUAAGAGUUCCGAUAUCACAGCUACCGGACGUGGAGGUGCUACUCGCACAGGCGACUCAUUCCCUACAGGGGCGUACACCACCACUUACACCAUCACCUCGUGUCCCGACUUUGAGCGCGAGUGCGUUACAGGCGUCGUGACAACACAGACUUUUAGCGACCGUCCAACCGUCACUGUCACCGCUGGUGCUGGUGACGGCGACGACGAUAAUGCCGCCUGGCAGCCCACGCCUCUGGGCUGGGUGUUUGCUGUGGUCGGUGGCUUUGCUCUGGGUCUGAACUUGGUUUAG